AUGCACAAAAGAAUCCAGGAGGAGCUCCGGAGUGAAGAAGGGCAAAAAUCCACACGGAGUGAAGUCUCCUCUGAUCGACACCCUGGCAGUCCCAAGAUAGACCUUCUUCCUGGCGGCGGACCGCGGGACAAUAUCGAGUUUGUUGUUGCCGAUGACAGCAGGCCCAACUCACCCGGAAUGAACAGUGAAGCACCGGAUGCUGGUCAGACUGAUCCCGAAGCUCUUGCACCGGUUGCCGCAAACUCCAAAACAGUUCGAGAACAAGGCUCCUUCCCAGAGAUGCCAGCAUCACCAGAUCUUGUGCCUCGGCGGUAUCCAAGCACUAGCGAGACCUCCUCAAUUGCUUCCUGGCGGCUUUCUUACAGUGCAGGCCAGCUCGACGAACUGGCCAGCUACAUUGACCGAGGAGAGCCAUCGAGUCAUGUAGAUGCUGUGCACAGCUCCUCUGCGUUACACCCGGAAUCCAUCAUUCGUCUUCCAACCUCGGGAUUGCAUCCACCACGCCCUGCCCAUUCGUUGUCACGCUCACAUUCGUCACCCGCCCGACCGGGCACGCAAGUUACUGAGACCGCAUCCGUUGCAGAGCAGUCUCCAUUGAGCGUCUGGCUGCGAAGUCAGGGCCUUCGAUCUCGUUCUUCCUCGCCUGCAAGAUCAUCCGAACAAGACUUUGAGCAAGGUGCAAGUGUUCAGCAAGCCGAGGUGGUUUAUCUCAGGAGAUGGAGCUCUGUUCAAAAUUCUGCCGUCCCAGAGGCUGAGAGUCAGAAGCCGGAAAUAGUCCACCUCUACGACAUGGAUAUUCAUCGCCAGUUGGGAACUCAAACUUUCAACACACCAAUGGAUUCUCCAACACGAUCCCGAUCGAUGAGAAACAGUGGUGCAAGCGGUUCCUGCGGUGCUCAAACUUCGGGAAGUACAAUCCGUCCCUCUUCCGACCCUCCAAGCAAACCUCCAAGCAACAAGUCGACUUUCAACCACUCUGAAGUUAUCUUGGCUCCACACGACCCGAAUAACCUGGGGACAAAAUCAUCGUCGGUGUACCCAUCAGCUGGACAAAGUGUACAGUUGAGCGCAGGCGCGUCUUCUCUUGAUCUUCCGGCGACACUUGGCCCCCACGAGUUACCGCCAGCUUUUACUUUGCCAGGAGAAUCGGUGGAAAGUUCCCACCGAACAACAGGAGAAAACUCGGUCAACAACAGUUUGCCACUUCUGGAAGGACGCUCAGAGCUCCACAGGUCUUCGACAGUUACAAAAGCCGAUGCCUCGAGCAGGGUCCGCAAGGAGUCUCAACUGGAUACGGUUGAAAAGAGUAUCGGAUAUUUUCAUCUUGGCCACGGUGCACCUGCACUUAUCGUCAAGAGGUUCCGGAAGGAGGCAGACACACCUCCCCCGGAGCCGGUGAAACACUCUUUUCUGGCACGCCUUCAUUUGACCAUCCCUAGAAGAACCAAAAUAAGCCCACGAAACUUUGACGGUGCUGUCACAGAACAAGAACAGGAGCAGGGGCAGGGACCGAACUGGGAGCCAGAGCCGUCACCACCACCGUUGAGACAUUGUCCAGGCGUCAAACGUGGGCGUCCUGACUCUUGGGGAACAGCCAUCACCUCACUGUACCACCCUCUAACCCCGAUUCUUUCCGAGUAUGAAGGCAGUGCAGAUGAUCUGUGGAGGUUAGGCAUACGCGACGAGUCUCCGAAACAACAGACGGAGUCUCGCGGUAUCAAAGCCCAUCGCCGUGGUUCGAGUUUCCCCGAAAGUCUGAACAAGAGGCUCCAAGCUGUUGCCGAUUCGGAGCACAGUGGCGGCUCCUCUGGGUAUAUGGGUGUUCCGAGUACCGACCCGUCUUGUCGUUUCUCGUCUGCACCGGGCUCGCCGGUCUCUCAUACAACUGAUUGCGGCUUGUCGUCCAUCGCAGAGACGACCGAGACCCCCAAGCGCAGUUCGUCCACAGGCCUCCAAAGCCCAAUUUACGAUGCAUUCAGAACACACUACCCAGCAAGAAGCAGCGAUUUCACCCGAGACUGUCCCAGAUCCCCACUGGCACAGACAGGCUCCCGACUUCGUGACUCUUCUACUCCUGGCGACCAAUCUACCUGCGUCACCCCUGAGCUCGUUGCGGACCACCCGGAAAUCGUGAUUGAAGCCGCACGCCAACCCCACAAAAACGACUCCCGCCUUACUCUCAAGUCGAGCACCCAGUCCUUCUCUGGGAAGUUUGGGAAAGCCAUCAAGUCAAGUUUUGGAAAGCUCGUCCCCCACCGCGGGCCCUCCAACAGCACUGGUUCGAAGUCGCUGGAAAGCCUCAAAAGGCGAGGAAGCGGAGCCAGAGCAGAGGUUGUGAAACUUCAAAAGUCACAAGACGUAGGAGUUUCAUGCCGGGGCCCGAAGUAUUGGCAGACAAAUACGCCAAAAAGGGGUCGCACGAUUUCUCUCAGCACACGGAUGGCGACCUUGUUGCAUUCUGACUCGAAUCCCGAAGAGGAGAAGCGACAGCAUCCUAGCCAUCACCAGCUCCGGCAUCGUGCACCUCUUUGUGCACUGCCUAUAAAUACACCUAUUCGAGAUCAACAAGCCAGCAGUAGCGCAGACAACAGCAAAGACUCGGCGACGACAGCCGAAAAGUUUAUUACGCCAUUCAGCUCAUUUUAUCACAGCAACAAUGAUACGGCAUCGUUUCACUCUUGUCAUGAUAAAGGGGAUACUACGGAUAUCAAUUCCAUCAAAAGCGAUAGCACACUGGCUCAUCGACUGCAUAUUGCCUCGGCGCCUCACUUGAGUGCGCUGCCGGCGGGAGCGGCCAAGUUCCAGACUUGGAGUGGGAGGGAGAGGAGCAGGCCGCUGAUUACGGUGCAGAGCAUGGAGCAGAUGCGGUUGAGGAGGGUGAAUACGGUGGUGAGAGUUGUGUGA